CCAAACCAGCACAAUGGCGACUCUCCUCCCACCCCCGACGAAGCGUCAAAAGCGCGAGGAUACCGAGAAGGCGCAGCAGCAGCAGGAGAUCCAGGGAAUCCCCGAUAAUCUGGGCAGCAUCCGUGUGCAGUUCUACGACCAGGCGACCGGUUCCGCAACGGGGCCGGCUGUGUCGGUGCCAGUGGGGGAUACCAGUGUGAAGAAUUUGGAGACGUUGCUGAAUACGCUACAAGGACAUGAGGAAGAUGAACGAGUACCAUACCGCUUCACCUACCAGUCGCAAGACGACAAGGACAACCUGACGGUGGACAUCCUGCAAGAUCUGUACCAAUCGCUGCUGAAGCCCGGGCUGAAGACGACCGAGGACACAGUGCAACUGUACUACACGCCGCAGGCGGUAUUCCGAGUCAAGGCAGUGUCGCGAUGUACGGCGUCGAUCGCCGGGCACGGCGAGGCGAUCCUCGCGACGAGCUUCUCUCCGGUGUCGUCCGCGACGAUGGUAACCGGCAGCGGGGACUCGACGGCGCGGGUGUGGGACUGCGACACGGGGACGCCGCUGCACACGCUGAAGGGCCACACCAGCUGGGUGCUGGCCGUGAGCUACUCGCCGAACGGGGCGAUCAUCGCGACAGGCAGCAUGGACAACACGGUGCGGGUGUGGGACGCGAAGAAGGGCCAGGCACUGGGCGGCCCGCUCAAGGGUCACACCAAGUGGAUCACCAGCCUGGCGUGGGAGCCGUACCACCUGCAGCAGACGGGCCGGCCGCGGCUGGCGUCCGCGUCGAAGGACUCGACGGUGCGGGUGUGGGACGUGGUGUCGAAGCGCAUCGACAUGGUGCUGACGGGGCACAAGGCGUCGGUGACGUGCGUGCGCUGGGGCGGCACGGGCAAGAUCUACACGGCGUCGCACGACAAGACCAUCAAGGUGUGGAACGCCGAGAACGGCACCCUGCUGCAGACGCUGGCGGCGCACGCCCACCGCGUCAACCACCUCGCGCUGUCGACGGACUUUGCCCUGCGCACGGGCUACCACGACCACACGGGCAAGGUGCCCGCCUCGGACGAGGAGAAGGUCGCGGCCGCCAAGCGCCGCUUCGAGCAGGCGGCCACCGUCAACAACCAGGUCGUCGAGAAGCUCGUCUCCGCCAGCGACGACUUCACCAUGUACCUGUGGGAGCCGCAGAGCUCGAACAAGCCGGUGGCGCGAUUGCUGGGCCACCAAAAGGAAGUCAACUACGUGACGUUCUCGCCGGACAUGGCGUACAUCGCCUCGGCUGGAUUCGACAACCACGUCAAAUUAUGGAACGGGCGAGACGGGAAAUUCAUCACCACCCUACGCGGCCACGUCGGCGCCGUCUACCAAUGCUGCUUCUCCGCCGACUCGCGCAUGCUGGUGUCCUCAUCCAAGGACACGACGCUGAAAGUGUGGAAUCUGCGGACGGGCAAGCUGGCCAUGGAUCUGCCGGGGCAUCGGGACGAGGUAUUCGCGGUGGAUUGGAGUCCCGAUGGGCAGAAGGUGGGUAGUGGGGGGAAGGACAAGGCUGUUCGCAUCUGGAGGAACUGAGAUACCCUAGACUUGGAUAGAUUGAAU